AUGGCGGGUGCAUCAGUGAAGGUGGCGGUGCGAGUCCGCCCGUUCAACUCCAGAGAGAUAGGACGCAACCCCGAUGACCCCGGCUUCACCUCUCAGACACAGGUGUAUAAGGACAUCGGAGAGGAGAUGCUGCUGCACGCCUUCGAAGGAUACAAUGUGUGUAUUUUUGCUUAUGGACAGACGGGUGCAGGGAAGAGCUACACUAUGAUGGGCAAACAGGAGCCUGGUCAGGAAGGGAUCAUACCACAGCUGUGUGAGGACUUGUUUCAGAGAACAGGAGAAAACACAGAUCCUGACCUGACCUACUCCGUCGAGGUGUCCUACAUGGAGAUCUACUGUGAGCGGGUUCGGGACCUGUUGAACCCAAAGUCCCAGGGCACCCUUCGGGUCCGGGAGCAUCCCAUCCUGGGGCCCUACGUGGAGGAUCUGUCCAAACUGGCUGUGACUGGAUUCACGGACAUCCGGGACCUGAUGGACGCCGGCAACAAAGCUCGGACGGUUGCAGCUACAAACAUGAAUGAGACGUCAUCCAGGUCCCACGCCGUCUUCACCAUCGUCUUCACCCAAAAACGACGAGAUCAGAUGACCAGCCUGGACACUGAGAAAGUCAGUAAGAUCAGUCUGGUCGACCUGGCUGGAAGUGAACGAGCAGACUCCUCUGGGGCAAAGGGCACGCGGCUCAAGGAAGGAGCAAACAUCAACAAAUCUCUGACCACAUUAGGAAAAGUGAUUUCAGCUUUGGCUGAAAUGCAGAGCAGUAAAAAGAGGAAAAGUGAUUUUAUUCCCUACAGAGACUCUGUUCUCACCUGGCUACUGAAGGAAAACCUGGGAGGAAACUCUCGCACAGCAAUGAUUGCUGCGCUAAGUCCUGCUGACAUCAACUACGAAGAAACACUGAGCACUCUGAGGUAUGCUGACCGUGCCAAACAGAUUCGCUGUAACGCUGUGAUCAAUGAAGAUCCAAACGCCAAACUGAUCCGAGAGCUGAAGGCUGAAGUGGAGCGACUGAGAAAUCUGCUGUUUUCUCAGGGCCUGCAGGAGCUGCUGGACAAUGCUGUCAACAACAACAACAACAUCAACAACGGCCCCAGUGGUGUCGCAGGUGCGUCCCCCUCCCCUCUUCAGCUGGCUCUCACAUCCAAUGGGAUCACGCCUGAGAAUGGCCCCGCCCCUCCAGGCGCUGAGCCGGUAUCUGAAGGGGACACACCCGCUGACCCUGAUCAGCUGAUCGAGGACGGAGAGGAAAGGGAGGAGGGAGAGUCCACAGAGAACAUCAGCAAAGAGGAAGCAGCUGAGAGACUGAUGGAAACAGAGAAAAUCAUCGCUGAGCUGAACGAGACAUGGGAGGAGAAACUGAGAAAAACAGAAUCUAUUCGUCUGGAGAGAGAGUCCCUGCUGGUGGAGAUGGGCGUGUCCAUAAAGGAAGAUGGAGGAACGCUGGGCGUCUUCUCUCCUAAAGGAACGCCUCACCUGGUCAACCUGAAUGAAGACCCUCUGAUGUCUGAGUGCCUCCUGUAUUACAUCAAGGAGGGCGUGACCAGGGUCGGGCAGCAGGACGUGGACAUUAAACUGUCGGGUCAGUUCAUAAAGGAGAUUCACUGCGUUUUUGUCAGUGAGACCAACGAGCAGGGAGAAGUGGUGGUCACUCUGGAGCCGUUAGUCGGAGCAGAGACCUACGUUAAUGGGAAGCAGAUCACAGACGCCGUCAUAUUAAAACAAGGUAACCGCAUCGUCAUGGGGAAGAACCACGUGUUUCGAUUCAACCACCCGGAACAGGCGCGGCUGGAGAGGGAGCGCAGCGCCACGAUGGAGCAGCAGGAGGAGCCGGAGGACUGGAACUAUGCCCAGAAAGAGCUGCUGGAGAAACAAGGCAUCGACAUCAAGCUGGAGAUGGAGAAGAGACUGCAGGACGUGGAGACUCAGUACCGUAAAGAGAAGGAGGAGGCUGACUUGCUGCUGGAGCAACACCGACUGUACGCAGACAGCGACAGCGGGGACGACUCGGACAAACGAUCCUGUGAGGAAAGCUGGAGGCUCAUCUCCUCCCUGAGAGAGAAGCUGCCGGCCAAUAAGGUGCAGUCCAUAGUAAAGCGCUGCGGUCUGCCCAGCAGCGGUAAGAGGAGGGAGCCUCUGCGAGUCUAUCAGAUCCCUCAGAGGAGGAGGAUCAGCAAAGACCCCAAACGGGUGACCAUGGAGGACCUCCGCAUGCAGGCCGUCAAAGAGAUCUGCUACGAGGUGGCUCUGGGAGACUUCCGUCACUCCCGUCAGGAGAUCGAGGCGCUCUCCAUCGUCAAAAUGAAGGAGCUGUGCCGCAUGUACGCCAAGAAGGACACCAACGAGAGGGAGAGCUGGAGGGCCGUGGCCCAGGACGUCUGCGACACUGUGGGCAUCGGAGAGGAGAGGAGCCCUGCCGCUGAAGAAGGAGGAGGAGGAGGUGGUGGUGGAGGAGGAGGAAGUGGUGGUAGUGGAGGAGGAGAGACAGUGGAAGGUGGAGAGAAGAGAGGCGUGUACGAUUUGAAGGCUCACAUCGAUAAGCUGACAGAUAUUUUGGAGGAGGUGAAGCUGCAGAACAACAUGAAGGACGAGGAGAUCAAAGCUCUGAGAGAUAGAAUGAUCAAGAUGGAGAGCAUCAUACCUGUUCAGGACGACGACAUGAAUGGCGAGGGAGGAGAAUCCCCUCAGAGAGAGAGAGACGGGGACGUGGACGAAGACGACGACUGCCCCAACCACCCAGAGGUCAGAGUUCAGCGGCUGAUGGAUGAGGACCCGGCAUUCAGGAGAGGACGGCUCCGCUGGAUGAAAAAGGAGCAGCAGCGGCUCCUGAACCUGCAACAGCAGAACAUCACCAAGAAGCUGCGAGGACAGAACCAAAGCCAAGGUCAGAACACCCCCACUGUCCCGAUCCACCUCCCGGGAACCGGUCGCUUCAUCCCUCCCCAGGAGUGCAAGCUCAAGUUCCCCUUUAAGAGUAACCCUGCCCACCGGCUGUCCUGGGGACCCGCUAGCGCUGCCCUGCAAGCUCUGGGUCUGGUCGAGGGAGGAGGAGCAGGAACUGAUGCUGGUGAGCAGAAGGAGAACAGGGGAGGAGAAGCUACAGGUUCUCCCUCACCUCCGCCUCCCCCACAAGGUCAACUCCCUGGUCUCUUGCCCCUCCCCUUCCCAGCUCAGCCUCCUCGCAUGCGCACCCCCAGCCCUCAUCGUGCCUGGCAGCAGCGUAACCAGGGCAACCAGGGUGGCUACCACUACAACAACCAGGGCAACAACCAAAACCAGCAACGUCGUUACCGCCGAAACUCCCUGGACAGCUCGCCACAGGGCAACGGGAGCUACGACAAUGACCAGCACUUCAGCGGCGGUGGCAACGGUGGUCACCAGGGGCGACCAAGACAGAGGAGGGGGUUUUCCCCUGGGCCAGGGGGGGAGAGAGGAGGAGGAGGCAGAGGAGGAGGAGGAGGAAGCAGAGACCGGGACAGAGACAGAGACGGAGGCUUCCCUUAUAAUCAACGCCAGCACCAUCAGUACCACCACCACCAUCCCUACUACAACCCCCACAAUGCACCAUUCCAACCUGGACCUCACCCUCACCCCCAUUACCACAGCCUGCCGCGGUCAGGGGCCCCGGCCCUUCCUGCUGACAUGCUACUGGGUAUUGUGCCGCCGCCAGGGGUGUGGGCUUUCAACACUCCGCCCAGGAUGAGGCGGCAGUUCAGCGCACCGGACCUCAAAAACAACAACAACAAUAACAACAAGGAGACACCGAUCUGACCUCUGACCUCCUGAACACGGAGGCUCCUGAUUGACUGCGGGACAUGGGGUGAUCCUGAUGCUGUAGAGAAUCGGCUGAGAGUGUGGUUGUGUGUGCACGUGUGUGCAUUUGAGCACUUUUACACACCCUGUAUCCUCUGUCCUGCUGUGCGUGUGUUUGUGAAGCUUUUAGCUUAGCACAGGUGAGCUGUUAGCAAUGCUGACGUGCAAACAUUGAAUUUCAAUUUGUUUUAUUCUAUUUUAUGGAGUUUGUCAUUCUGUCAGACUUUGAUCACGUAAUGAUUUAGCUUUUUUUUUCUUUUUUAAAUUUCACCGAUGGCUGAUGUUCGGGCGUUGAUCACUGUGUUAACGAGGUGCCUUAAAGCCGACAUGUCUGCUGGUGAAGCUAAUUUUGUUUUAAAGAUAAAGGACGUCAGUUAGCAGGGUGGUGUUUUUGUGUUUGAUGAGGGGUUUUUUUUAGCUUUUAGUGCUAGCAGGUGAAGAAUAGGUGAAAUUGUGAGCUUCGCCUGCAUUCAGGUUCCAUGGGAAUUACAGAUUGUACAGCUUGUUAAACUCACUUCAACCCUCAAACUGAUGAUUAGGAAUUUAAUCAGAAACAGUAAACUUGUAUUUACAUCUUCUCCCAUGUGAUUUGAAUGCAGCAUCGCUGAGUGCUACAAACCAAAGAAAGCGGCUGUGCGGCACUUGCUAGUCAGGGUAAAAGCAUCAGUGCAGGAAUAAUAAGUGCCAAUGGGGCAUUUGCAAAAACAGCAAAACAAAAAUGGAGAAGUUGAGGGUGAGAACGGCGAGUGUAAAUGGGCCCCUGAGGAAGAAGAGGUGCAGAGAGGAAGUGUAGUAGGUGCUGCGCUUGUCUUACCUGUCAGAUGUUUGUUUUUAAGAGCUGUGUGUGUAUAUUUGAAGUGUUAAAUCUGAUUUUUAAACACGUGAAAUGUCCUGACGGUAGGUUCACCGUCUCUGGCAAUCGUGGGAAAUGCAAGUGAUGCGUAACACAUGAUGAUGUCCCAAGGUGGGAGUUGAUGUUGGAGCUCAGAGACAUAAUCAUGAAGGGAUGGAUUUGUUUAUGUAGGGCUAGAUAAGCAAGGAAUUCUGGGAGAUGUAUUGAGAAGGAGAAGGUUUUGAGGGAGAGAAGAAGCUGAUAUACAGUAAGCGUUUUGUUUUUGAAGAAGUAACAGACACUACAGCAUGUCAGGUGUGAUACAAGAUUCCUGCUGUAAGGAUGUGACACUUUUUACAUUAUAUCCAAUUCAAGAAGGAUGGGAAAAUUCACUGCUGCCUUCCUGGCACGUAGGGAUCCUGGAAAUUGUGGCCUCCACCUGUUUCAGGUUGCUUUUAAUUUCUUCUCUUUUUCAAACAUGACAUUUACACACACAUAUUUUUGCUGGUGUUGUGUUCACUUCACAUCUUUAAGAUAGGAAACAAAUUUCCAGCUUCCUGCGUCACAGCGAACGCAGCGUUUUAUGUGCGUUUUAUUCGCACUGAAUUAAUGAAGACAAGUUUACUGCCAAGAGGGGCUGGGAGAGUUGGCGAUACUGCGCACACUCCACCCACUCAAAGCAGAGGAUUCUGGGAGUUAACAAGUGGAGCAACUAUGAGCUCUGUGGCUUUUAAGGCUUUUUUCAUAAAAAGGUAAGAAUCAACCAAUGGCAGCGCUCCUUCCUGCUGCAAGAGGGAGUCAGUGCCAUGACGAUGACGAUAAUUAUGAUGAAAAUGAAAGUGAUUGCAGUUGGCCUGAGAAGCAUGAUGUCAGCAGAAUCUCUGGAAUUGACCAAUCACAGGACAAUCUCUAAACCUGCUUCCACUGCCGGGCCUGAUGGGAAAAUUUGUUUUUUGUUUUUUAAUUAUUAUUAUUAUUUUUAUUUUUAU